AUGGCGGGGCAACGUGAUGAGUUUGGACAAUUCUGGGAUUUGUUGACACAGCUGGGCCAGUGCCAUCAAGCUGAGAUCGAUUCGCUGAAAUCCACAUGCAUCUCCUCACAUGGCCUGCCCGACGAUUUUACAACUGACAAGGCAAGUCUGAUGGAAUCUCACCACGAGUCUAUCGAGUUAGCCCUUACUUGUAUGGGACAGAAUGAAGUCCACGUGCCGGCAGUCAGAAGCUGCAGUGAGGGCAAUCGUGGCUUGACGCGCUCACUGAGCGAAGCCUCCAUAGUGUCAGUUUGCGAGCGCAGCGAUGCGCCAUGUACAUCGAGACCAAGCAUGAGGGUCAGCCACAAAGUGACCGGAAGAAGUCAGACGAGCAAUUGGAGCAACGCCAGCCGUAGUGCUAACCUGUCGGACUUCUUCUGCCUUCAGCACAAGGAGGAGGACCAUGCGCGGGCCGUGGGCCAUCAGAUGCAACAGCAGCUGGCAGGCGGCACCUCCUCACACUCAGACAAGGACUCGGAGGAGAAGCUUGUCUUCCAGCCGUGGCAGGUAUGGUCGGCUCCCGACCUGCCCAAAAGAGGACGCCGCCGACCAACGAACAGGUCUUUGCCUUCGAGAGAGGCUGGCUCUGAGAAGCCGAGCACCUGGAAGGUGCUUGCGCCUAUGGGACGAACGAGGUUCUUGUGGGACCUGCUGUGCCUGGGCGUCGUGUUCCUGGAGCUCCUUCUCCUCCCUCCGCUGAGGGUGUUUGAUGGCGCAGUACCGUUCGCCAACGCCGCGCGGAACGUGUUGUGGGCAGCGCAAGUCGUUUGGAACUUCCACAUUCUUGUGUGCCUCAAUACGGGGUAUUACUUCCGUGGCCACUUGGUGUGUACCCAGCCAGGACUUGCAGCGGGCUACUUGAAGACAUGGUUCGCCUUUGACGCUGCGAACAUCAUUGUAGACUGGCUGCUUGCAGCCAUGGAUGUGUCCCACAACCUUGCUAGCCGGGUGGCCCUGAAGGAGGUGAAUGCUGCAGUCCGCGGCCUUUGGACAAUGCAAACAGCCCUGCGACUUUCCCGCCUGGUAUCCCUCCGCGGCAAGCUGCAAUCGUUCAAUAGGCACUUAUCCGACAAAGCUGGAGCGAGUUCCAUCAUAGCCCUGACAGUGGGCCAAAUCUGUCUGAUGCACCACGUCUUGGCAUGCUCAUGGUAUGGUAUUGGGAUCCUCGGGACGGAUGGCAGCUGGGUACAGGCAAAUGGCCUGGAUGGAGCCAGCGUGGCAUAUAGAUACGCAACAGCACUGCAUUGGACCUUCUGCCAGAUAGGCUUGGGAUCUUCAGAAAUAGAGGCGGUGAACACGCAGGAGCGUCUGUUCUCCUUGUUCGUCGUGUUUGCAGCUGUCUUGGUGCUCUCUACACUGCUGGUUUCAGUCACCAGCAUGGCCACCAACCUGAACAAGGCAAAUGAGAGGAAGCAGGAUCUCUUCCAGCAGCUGUGGAAGUACAUGGAGCAACACCAGGUUGGAGAAGAUCUGAAGAUGCGAGUGUCGGCCUAUCUUGAAUACGCCUAUACGCUGCGCCAGUCGGUGAUGGUGGAGACGGAAGUGCCCAUCUUGGACCUACUUUCCAAGCAGCUGCACGCGGAGCUGCAAAGCUUCAGAUACCGGAGAUGCCUCCGUAAGCUGGACGUCAUGAAGCAACUCCGCGCCGUGGACCAGCAUUCCUUGCAGGUCAUCCGAAAUCUCCCGAGCCAGCUCUCCCACAGGACCUUUGCCCCAGCAGAUACGGUCUUCGAAUGCGGCUUGCUGGCCAAAGCGGCCUACUUCGUAGCAGAGGGCGAGUUCGUCUACGAGCUGAGCGGGACAAAGACCUCCGUCGCCAACGGCCGGUGGGUCGCCGAGAUGUGUCUCUGGACUCCUUGGCUUCACCUGGGAGACCUGACCACGAGGGACGUCGCCGCUGUGGUGAUCUUGGAUGUGAGCCGUUUCGCCGACACCCUCCGCCGCUCGAGCGAGAGCUUUCUCAAGGCGCAGGAGUACGCCCGGGACUGGGUGGAGCGGAUGAACGGCGAGCAGUCGAUCACCGACCUUUGGAGCUGUGAGGUGGCUCCCGAAGUCGCACCGAGGCAUUCCUCCUCUGACCACCCGCAGAGCCUCGGCUGGCUGGAGGCCGCCAGACACGUCCUCUCUUGCAACAUGGCGCCAAAGAAACGUUUCAGCCAGGUGGUGCCAGGAGGCUGA